GUCUCCUCCCGAUCGUUCCCGUAUCUCUCGUCGCCUUCCGUAACCCGGGAGGGGAGGGGAGGGGAGGAAGGAAGAGAAGGGAAGGGAUCAGUGUUCGCGCGAUUAACCUCGUUCUUCCUUCAACCAGCCAUGAAUCCCGAGUAUGACUACUUGUUCAAACUUCUGCUUAUUGGUGACUCUGGUGUUGGCAAAUCAUGUCUCCUUUUAAGAUUUGCGGAUGAUUCAUAUCUGGACAGUUACAUCAGCACCAUUGGAGUAGAUUUUAAAAUACGCACUGUGGAGCUGGAUGGGAAGACCGUUAAGCUUCAGAUUUGGGACACUGCUGGUCAAGAACGCUUCAGAACAAUUACUAGCAGCUAUUAUCGGGGAGCUCAUGGAAUUAUUGUUGUUUAUGAUGUGACAGACCAGGAGAGCUUCAACAAUGUCAAGCAGUGGUUGAAUGAAAUUGAUCGUUAUGCAAGUGAAAAUGUCAACAAGCUUCUAGUUGGAAACAAGUGUGAUCUUACUGCAAACAAAGUUGUGUCAUAUGAGACAGCCAAGGCAUUUGCUGAUGAAAUUGGUGUCCCAUUCUUGGAGGCUAGCGCUAAAAAUGCGACUAAUGUGGAGCAGGCGUUCAUGGCUAUGACUGCUGCUAUCAAGAACAAGAUGGCAAGUCAGCCUGGCAUGAACGGCGCGAGGCCUCCUACUGUGCAAAUCCGUGGACAACCUGUCAACCAGAAGACUACAUGCUGCUCUUCGUAGGCUGGCCUCCUAUGUCAUCUUGCAUCGCUACCAUUACUGCUAACUGUAUUACCCAAUUCUUUUAUCAUUCUUUCUUCUCCCUCCCAAUGCGUCUGUAUAAAUGGUGAUCAAUAUGAAAUGAAAGCCUUUGGGUUCCUUUUGCUU